GAAGCAGCUCUCCCUCGUUACCUGGAAGGCGGUGCUUCUCCGCAGGGCUUCCAGAUCUUCCUGCCAAUCGGGACCACAGGGGGCGGGGUAACCUGCCCUCCUCCAUGUUCAUGGUCACCCGGGGAGAAGCGGGCGUCACCCGAUCCCUCAUCGGACGAGCAGCUGGCUUGCCAUUGGAUGAAGUGCCACCUGCUGUUUGACUCGUUACAGGACCUGGUGGAUCACAUCAAUGACUACCAUGUCAAACCUGAAAAGAGUUCUGGGUACUGCUGCCACUGGGAGGGCUGUGCCCGCAACGGGAGGGGAUUCAACGCCAGGUACAAGAUGUUGAUCCACAUCAGGACUCACACCAAUGAGAAGCCUCACCACUGUCCCACCUACAAGAGCUUUUCUCGCCUGGAGAACCUCAAGAUACACACACGCUCGCACACAGGAGAGAAGCCCUACAUCUGUCCGUACGAGGGCUGCAGCAAGCGCUUACCCAACUCCAGCGACCGCUUCAAGCACACGCGCACCCACUACGUCGACAAGCCAUACUACUGCAAGAUGGCUGGCUGCCUUAAACGCUACACCGACCCCAGCUCCCUCCGCAAACACAUCAAGGCCCACGGACACUUCGUCGCGACCCAGGAACAGGCCUCCUCGGCCGGGCUCGGGUGUUCCUCAAAGGGUGGUCUCCACGGAGGUAACGGGUGGAGGGUCUCAGAGAUGGGCUAUGUCGGCGGGGCCCAUAUUAUCAUCCCAGGAGGGGCCACCGCUUCUCUCCUAGGGGGCCACCAUCUAGGGGCCUCGCUGCCCCUCUCGGCCAUGUGUGGCCCCCUGGAUCUCAGCAGACUAGGUCACCCUGGAGACCUCCUUGUUCUCAUUAGGUAGCGGAGGUGGGGGAUUGGGUUGGUGUGUGAUUCCUCCCUGCUCCCGUUCGGACUCUCGACUGCAUCCGUGUUUGGGUUGGCUUCCAUGGGUCUGGGGCGGCUAGGGAGAGGGAGAGCAGGAGGGAGGUGGAGGACGGGUGUGAAGAGGAGAGGGACGAUGAGGUAUUGAAUUUGUCUGCGGGGGUACGGAGGGACGGGGGCGGGGCGUGAACUCCCCUCCUGGGUGGUGAUUCAAUCCCUGCGGCGUUGGUGCUCAAACCAGCUGUUGUCAGCUAGGGCCAGGGUGUGUGUGUGGUGUGUGUGUUGUGUGUGUGUGUGUGUGUGUGUGUGUGUGUUGUGUGCUC